ACCUCUUCCUUCAAUCUAUGAACAUGACAUUUACCAGUGGGUUUGUUUUUGGAUAUUGAAAUUAGAAAUUUCCAUAUUUCAUGUUAUUUGUAUGGUUUCGAUUAGAAAUAAUUUGCUACUUGUGUUGGUGACAUCAAUACUUGUAUCGUCUUUACCUCUCUCUAUACAAAUUCUUUUCUGCAGCAAGGUAAGGAAUCAACAGAGCUUUCAAGGGGUCAAGACAAUUUUUUUGCCAUUGUUUUCAUUGGUGGUAUGCUGAAUAAGUUUAGUGGAGAGAGUGCAUUUGCACUGAUCAGUCUUCUUGGAGCAAGUAUUAUGCCUCACAAUUUUUACCUCCAUUCUUCUAUUGUACAGCUCCAAAUCUUUGUAUGCAAGUUCGUAUCACUCGGAUUUUCAAUACAAACGGACCUUGUAUGUGUCUAGAUGAUGGACGUGUUGUCAGCAACUUUGUUGCCCAGGCCAUCUGCAAGCAACGAAUGACAGUAUAUGGUGAUGGAAAGCAAACUUGAAGUUUUCAAUUUGUCUCUGAUCUGCAAGGUAAGGAAUCAACAGAGCUUUCAAGGGGAGCUCUGUGUCAGGACCAUUUUUUUGCCAUUGUUUUCAUAUUCAGCAGCCAAUGUGUCUUAUAGUACUGGCCUUUUGUUGCUGACAUUUCCGGACACAUUGUCAUUGCUCGAUCAGGUGUUUAGAAGCUCAGUAGCACCAUUCACCAUAAUGCUGGUUACAUUUAUUUCCAAUCAAGUUACACCACUAACUUGGGAUCUUGGUAGACAAGCAGUUGUGCAUUAUUUGGAAUGGCAUCCCAGGCUGGUUUCAUUAUGUGACGAUCAGAGUUAUUUCCAUUGUCCCAGCCAUUUAUUGUGUAUGGAAUUCAGGAGCUGAAGGCCUAUAUCAGUUGCUAAUAUUAACACAGGUUGUGGUGGCGCUAGUGCUUCCAUCUUCUGUCAUACCCCUGUUCAGAGUUGCUUCUUCAGAGAUUAACUAUGGGUAUUCACAAAAUUUCUCAGUUAAUGGAGUUCUUAUCUCUUGGCACAUUUAUCGGCUUAUUUGUCAUAGAGAUGAUAUUUGGAAAUAGUGAUUGGGUUAAUAAUUUUAAGUGGAGUAUUGGGGGAGUAGUGUGUCUACUCCAUAUGUUUUUCUCCUCAUUGCAGCCUCUUUGAUCUCUUUGUCUCAUGCUGUGGUUAGCAGUUACUCCACUGAAAUCUGCAAGUUCCAGGUUCGAUGCUCAGGCAUUCUGCAAACGCCUAUGCCUGAGCCAUAUUUGGAGUGUAAUCAACUUGGUUUGGU